GCGUCGUGCACCCUGAAUCACCGUCAAAGUAUAAUGGAAUCGUGUAACAUAACGGCAGAGGAAAGUUUUUGUAGAAUGUCUUUGGAAAGUCACGCGGAUAGCCCGCCCGAUUGUCAAAAUAACAAUAUUCAUAUCGUGUGGGACGAUAUGAUGGUGCGUGUCGAAAAGCAGAAGAAAGUUAAUUUAUCAAAGCAAAUUUAUCGAAAGCUACUUGGAAAAUCACUGGACGCUGAUAACGGAUCGGUUGAUAUCCUGCACGGGGUGUCAGGUUAUGCCAAGGAUGGCGAUAUGAUAGCUGUAAUGGGACCAAGUGGAGCAGGAAAAACAACCUUUAUCGCUGCUCUUGCCAAAAAGGUUAGACUGAUCUCUGGCUCCAUCAAAGUCAAUGGUAUUUCAGUAACCAAGAAUGUCAUGUCUAAUAUAUCAGGAUUCGUUCCGCAAGUCGAUAUUUUACCACCGACCGUCACUGUCAUGGAGUAUAUGCAAUUUGUGUGCGCUAUGAAACUCGAUCAAAGUAUGACUCGGUCGGAAAAGGAAGUGUUAAUGUUGAAAAUAAUCUCGGAAUUGGGUCUUUACGAAUGCAGAGACACGUUAACGUCAAGUUUGUCUGGUGGCGAGAGGAAAAGAUUGUGCUUGGCGUCGGAAAUGGUGACGAAUCCAAAAAUACUUUUUCUAGACGAACCGACGACUGGAUUAGAUAUGUCAACGGCAAUGAGAGUCAUCGAAUACAUUAAACGUCUGGUUAGAAACGAUACAAUUGUAUUUUGUACUAUACAUCAACCAGCAACGUGCAUUUACAAGAUUUUCAACAAUGUCAUUUUUUUGGUUAACGGCACCACUGCCUACGCAGGAACUUUGAGCAACGCGACGGCAUUUUUCGAAAGCGAGGGUUUCGUAUGUCCGUCGAAUUUUGAUGAGGCUGAAUAUUACGUGAGAGUAUUAUCGAACCAAUUAAGUGAUGGUUAUGAAAUUUGUCGACUAGGAGCUAGCAAUGGCGCCACUCGUCUCUGCACUGCUUUCUCAAAAUCGCCAUUGUCACGAGUACCGGAAACCGCGCGAAGACAGAUUCUAUUUGAAAUUCGAACUCAUCAAAGACCCAAUUGGCUAACACAAUUCUAUUGGCUAAUGUGGAGAUUUUAUUUGGAAGCAAAAAGAUCCAUUGACCAUAACAUUUUCUAUUAUCACACCUACAUCUUUAGCGUUAUUAUGAUUGGCCUUAUCUACCACGAAAUCAAUUCUCGUGAACAGAUUGGUAUCCAGAAUACGAGGGGUGCCUUAUAUAUAACAUCCGCACAAAUUAUCUUCAGUAGCUCCUAUGCUGUCAUAUACGAAAUACCCAAAAGGACACCUCUGUAUCUUCGAGAAAGCUCUAUGUACGGCUCUGCAGUAUAUUACGUGACGUUUAUUCUUGGAAUGAUACCAAGCAACGUUAUAAAGGUUCUCAUUUUUACGUCGAUGCUAUUACUGACACUGGAGAUUAAUAAUUUAACAUGGACGUUUCUCUCGCUCUCCAUUUCCCUAAGCUCUACAGUCAUUUGCUCGAUCGCGUUUGGAAUCAUGAUUUCCAGCUGGCUUACAAAUCCUUCCAUGGGUCCGAUAAUAAUGGCACCCAUUGAUUUCAUUGCCAUGUCUAUGUCUGGCCUGUUUUACAAUCUUGGGAGCUUACCAUGGUAUAUCGGCUUUCUUAAAUACUUAUCCAUUUUCUAUUAUACUCUCGAUGCCCUUUCUAUUAUCCAUUGGUCGCAUAUUGAUUAUAUCGCUUGCUAUCCUGAUAAGAAUUUGCCAUGCUUAAACAAUGGAACUGCAGUCCUAAUUGAAUAUGGACAAGGAGGGAAAAGUUUGUAUUCAGAUAUUUUAGGAAUGUAUCUUCUUGGAUUAUUUAUGUUUGUCAUAGGAUAUUUUGGAGUUAGAUACCAGAAAGCAAACAAGUCUAUCUAUUAGGAAGAUUUUUAUCGAAGUUAAAACUUUAGUCAUAAAGUAAAAAAGAAUAAGUGGGACUUAACGAAACGUUGUACAAAAUUGUAAGACUUGUAGAAGCAUAUUAGAUUAUGUAAUCCAAAUAGCUAAGUGGAGGUUUAGUUAGUAUUUUUAGUACAACUUUAUGCCGUUCAGGGCGCAAUGCUCGUGGGACGGCCAUGUACAAUGCUCGCUGGACAUUCAAGGGACGUUUGAAGGAUGUUCCGUCCUGUUGGGGAUUCGAAUGGACUUAUAGAAUUUUCCACUGAUCCUAUACACAUUCAAAGCAGGAUAUAUGCUUUGAAAAAUAUGUGUAGUAUAUAGGAAUAUGUAUGUAUGUUCCUUCUCUUAUAUAGGAAGUAUAGAAUCACUGAUAAUUUAUCAAAAA